GUAGCUGACCAUUUCUUAGCUUUUCGUAUUUCGUGGACGAUGCACAACUUGUGAAUGUGAGCAUGGCCAUUGAUGCACAUUCUUGACCAGCAUGCACCAAUCUAAUCUGAAACGCCUCACCUACACACAUGAGGAAGCGAAUCCUCCAAAAUAUAAAUAGACGCGUUUUGUCCUACACCCGGAUAGUGUGAAUAAAAUUGGAAGCCUAAGUGCUGAUAUCAGGGGGUGUAUUUUGUGUGCGUGCCUGAAUAUACAAUCAUCUUUCGACUACGGCGGAUGCUGCGACGAUUGGAGUGCUUCUGGAAAUAGAAAAUUCAUUCAACGUUAUUUCGACGAAUUCAAAAAUAGCAUAUCGUAAUAUUAAGUAUAUCUAUUUGAGCAACGAUGGCACAUUCAGCGACAACGGCCACCAACCCCAACCCAUCAGCAAUGAGCGAUAGAUGUUUGAACAUUACAUCCCUGGAGGCGAAGGAUAUCCGCUGGCCAACUUCACUCGGUGCUCACGGAUCCGAUGCGAUGCAUACCGAUCCGGAUUAUUCGUGCGUUUAUGUGACUAUUCACACCGCAGAAGGGAUGCAAGGCUAUGGAUUGACUUUUACUUUGGGACGCGGAACGGAUAUCGUCCUGAUGGCGGUCAAUGCAAUGAAACGCUUCGUAGAAAAUCGCACCACCGCGAGCAUUUACCAGAAUUUUGCUAAAUUUUGGCGCGAAAUUACCAGCGAAUCCCAACUGCGAUGGAUUGGACCGGAGAAAGGCGUCACCCAUCUUGCAGUCGCCGCAAUAAUCAACGCCUUGUGGGAUCUAUGGGCCAAGAUUCGUGGUGUCCCAGUGUGGAGACUUUUGACGGAUAUGGAACCGGAGGAAUUAGUUUCCACAAUUGAUUUUCGAUACAUUACUGAUGCCAUAACACCGAAGGAAGCGAUUGCAUUGCUGCGUGAAAACAAAACCAUAUGUAAUGACAGAAUUCAAGACAUCGUUGAAGGCGGUUAUCCCGCUUAUACAACUCAAGUUGGUUGGCUUGGCUACAGCGAUGAGUUGAUCCGCUCGUUAUGCAAGAAGUACCUCCGGGCAGGAUUCACGGCGUUUAAAAUUAAAGUUGGACAGGAUUUGGAGAACGACAUUAAACAAAUUGGUUGGAGCAACAGAUUGAUGGUAGAUGCAAACCAAAUAUGGGAUGUGAACACCGCUAUCGAAUGGAUGGAAAAAUUGAAAGAAUUUCAACUGCUGUGGAUUGAGGAGCCAACAUCUCCGGACGAUGUCUUAGGUCACAAGAAAAUAGCAGAAGCAUUGAGAAAGUACAACAUCGGGGUGGCUACCGGAGAAAUGUGCUGUAAUCGAGUUCUGUUCAAGCAGUUUUUGCAAGAAAACGCAUUGGAGUUUUGCCAGAUUGAUUCCGCCCGAAUUGGUGGCGUAAACGAAAUUUUGUCGGUUUAUCUGAUGGCCAAAAAGUUUGGCGUGAAAGUUUGUCCUCACGCAGGUGGUGUUGGUCUGUGCGAGAUGGUCCAGCACCUGCAGAUGUGGGACUACACGUCGGUUUCAUGUACCAAGCAAGAUCGGAUGGUAGAAUUUGUCGAUCAACAACAUGAACAAUUCCUUCAUCCAGCGAUUAUCAACGAAAACGCAUGCUACGUUGCUCCAACUGCGCCCGGAUAUUCCACCGAGUUGAAGCAGGAAGCGGUUGCGAUGUUUGAAUAUCCAAUUGGCACCGAGUGGCAAAGGAUGUUUGCUGAAGGGAUUUUCAAAAGUGUAUAAGAUUGUAUUUUUUUAAUUUCCAUUUGCGGCAAUUAUGUUUUCAAUCAAUGUUUCAAUCAAUUUGCUUCACCUUAUAGAUAAUGGGUAAUGAAAUCGGAAUUGAAAUCAA